GGCGUUCUGCUGCUUGUAAGAGCAUGUAGCGUUUCGUAGUGAGGGGCAACUGGCGUGGUUUUCCUGAUGCAAUGCACUUCUGCCGAUUGUAAACUUGUGCGAUUGUGUUGUACGGGACUGUACCACGAGAUGUUCAUAAAGUGAGAGAAGAAAUCGUCUAAAAGAAGCCGGAGCGUGCCGUUGCGAUCGUCGACGUUACGUGAAGUCUACGCUAGUCACGAUGGCGAGCAGGUAUCUUCAGAUGGGAAGGCGACUGGAAAGAAGUAUUCUCAGAUCGUGGCACGGAUCAAGAUUGUCUCGAAAUGAGAUCUGCACAAGGAUUUUGACUUUAAAUGGAGCUCCACCUACAUUGCCACCACUGCACUUCUUACUGGAGCAGUGGCAGCUGCUUUGUGAAAGACCACCAAAAGGCUUUGAGAAGUACUUUCCUGGGCCCAAGAAAACCCAGCAGAAGGAAGCCGGUGAGCAGGCAGGAGACAAGCCAUCUGGAAAAGAUCUCCCAAAAGAUGGUCCCUCACAAAGUGGACCACAAACGAAACAGAGCUCUGGUAGCAAACCCCCGCAAUGGAAUUUCAGCUUUGGGGGCCAAGGAAACAGGAGUGGUCGCAAUCCAUUCAACCCGGAUGACCAGAAUCGCAUGAUGACUGUGGCCCUUGUUACCACCCUGGGUAUCCUGGGUCUGCUUGCUUUUAAUGAGAUGCGAUACAAGGAGAUAACGUGGAAAGAGUUUGUCAAUGCCUACUUGGCUCGUGGCAUAGUUGAAAAGCUUGAAGUCAUCAACAAGAAGUGGGUGAGAGUCAGGCUUCUUCCAGGAAACCAAAUUGAUGGAAAUAAUGUUCUGUGGUUCAACAUUGGAAGUGUGGACACUUUUGAGAGGAACCUGGAAAAUGUUCAGCUGGAAUUCAACAUUGAGCCGCCCAACUUUGUUCCCGUCAUCUACAAGAACGAGAUGGAUGGGUCAAGCAUCAUUGGUAUCCUGCCAACGCUACUCCUGUUUGGCUUCCUCUUUUGGACAAUGCGUCGAUCUGCAGGGUUCAUGGGGGGUGGUGGGGCAAGGCGAGGAGGCGGCAUCUUUGGCAUGGGGGAGACAACAGCUAAGCUGAUUAAUCCCAAUGACAUAGGAGUCAAAUUCAAGGAUGUUGCUGGUUGUGAAGAAGCAAAAGUGGAGAUCAUGGAAUUUGUCAAUUUCUUGAAGAAUCCACAGCAAUAUAUUGAGCUGGGUGCCAAGAUUCCAAAGGGUGCAAUUUUGACAGGGCCUCCUGGCACAGGCAAGACUCUGCUUGCUAAGGCCACGGCUGGUGAAGCCAAUGUCCCGUUCAUUACUGUCUCGGGGUCAGAGUUCCUCGAGAUGUUCGUUGGAGUUGGCCCAUCUCGUGUGCGUGAUAUGUUCUCUAUGGCCCGGAAGAAUGCCCCUUGCAUUCUCUUCAUAGAUGAAAUUGAUGCAGUCGGUCGCAAAAGAGGUGGUCGGAGUUUUGGAGGCCAUAGUGAGCAAGAGAACACACUUAACCAACUCCUAGUGGAAAUGGAUGGUUUUAAUACAACUACAAAUGUCGUCGUUUUGGCUGCUACAAACAGAGUGGACAUUCUUGACCAGGCUUUGUUGAGGCCUGGCCGCUUUGACCGGCAAAUCUUUGUCCCUGCACCAGACAUCAAGGGACGUGCUUCAAUAUUUAAAGUCCAUUUAAAGCCACUGAAGACACUUUUGGACAAGGUGGACCUUGCACGGAAGAUGGCUGCUCUUACUCCUGGAUUUACAGGAGCUGACAUUGCCAAUGUCUGCAAUGAAGCAGCCCUCAUAGCUGCACGUGAUCUCAAUGACAGCAUCAACAUGAAGCAUUUCGAGCAGGCUAUAGAACGAGUUGUUGCUGGAAUGGAGAAGAAAACCAAUGUGUUACAGCCAGAAGAAAAGAAGACUGUGGCUUACCAUGAGGCAGGACAUGCGGUGGCAGGCUGGUUCUUGGAGCACGCCGACCCUCUUCUGAAGGUUUCUAUCAUCCCACGUGGAAAGGGACUGGGCUAUGCACAGUACCUGCCCAAGGAGCAGUAUCUCUAUACUACAGAACAGCUUCUUGAUAGGAUGUGUAUGACCUUGGGAGGCAGAGUUUCUGAGCAAAUAUUUUUUGGCAAGAUUACAACGGGUGCUCAAGAUGACCUGAAGAAAGUAACUCAAAAUGCAUAUGCACAGGUGGUGCAAUUUGGAAUGAAUGAAAAAGUGGGCAACCUAAGCUUUGACAUGCCUCAACCUGGUGACAUGGUGCUGGACAAGCCAUACAGUGAAGAAACAGCACAGAUGAUUGACUUUGAGGUGCGCCAGAUGGUGCAGAAGGCUUAUGACCGCACUAUGGCAUUGCUGCUGGAGCAUAAAGCAGACGUUGAGAAGAUUGCAAAGCGCCUCCUUGAGAAAGAAAUCUUGAGCAGAGAUGACAUGAUCGAGUUGUUAGGCAAGAGACCCUUCCCUGAGAAGUCAACGUAUGAAGAAUUUGUUGAAGGAACUGGUUCUUUUGAAGAAGAUACCACGUUACCUAAGGGUCUCGAGUCAUGGAACAAAGGACCUGAGGAGGACACUAAGUCGAGCAAGCCAUCAUCACCAGAUAAAGACCAGAAACAACAGUCUGCUAGUUCAUGACUUUGUCACUUUUAAUUUUUGGUGCUGUUCAUUGUCCUUAUUUCACUUACUUUGUGUGUUAGGCUGGCAAGAUUCAAGUUAUGCCCAGUGGUGACCAUUUUCUGGGUCACAGUUUUUUUUUUUGUUUAAUAGAUUGUACAGAGUUUCAAAUUUUUUAUGCGAAGGAGCGUGUUAUUGCCAAUAGUAAAAAAAUAAGUCUGCGUGCUUAGUAUUUCUGAAUGGGUGGCAUGUCAACAGCGCGUCAUUACAUUGUAUGUUAGUGUGGUCUGUUGAAUUAACUGACAAUAAAUUGUUUCUUUUAUUUUUU